CUUUCAUUUUUCAAGAUAUUUGCAGAAGUCUCCGAUUUACAAAUGCUAAAUCUGGUGUUGCACUUUCAAACCACGUGAUUGUGGAUUUCAAAGUUGAAGACGAGGAGCAUUGCCAGCUGAAAUGUUACAUGGAGAAGACUUGCUUCUCUUACAACUAUGGUCCCUCCUUGGCCAGAGUACAUGGCUUCACUUGUGAACUGAACGACGUAGAUGCAUCAUCCCACCCAGACGAUUUACAACCUCGAGACGGGUUCGUGUAUCAAACAGCUCAGGAAAUGUGUGGUGAUGUUUUCUGCCCUUCAUAUGCUGUUUGCCAACGGGACAGUUCCAAUAGACAAAGAUGCUUUUGUAAGCCUGGAGUAACUCAAGAGAAUUGUGAAGGCAUGAAAAACACUACCGUCGUUAAAUCUUGCAAGGAGGUUAAGCGCCUAAUACCUAGUUAUCCAACAGAUGUUUACUGGAUUAACCCAGAUGAGGAUAACCCAAAUGCUUUCCAAGCGUAUUGUGAUAUGGAAACUGAUGGCGGCGGCUGGACUCUUGUUUACAGCUAUACUUUCACUGAUUACAACAAUUUCCUGAGUGACACCAAUGCCGUAACUCCAAUCCCCAACUGGCCUUUCGUGUCGCAAACCUCGUCUUUGACGAAGGUGCCUCUAAGUGAGACAGAUUUUGGAGCUAUGAAUUUCAGUCUUUGGAAAUUAUUGGGAAGUGAAUUUCUUAUCAAAUCCAACAUCAAUAACUGGAUUGCGUGCAUGCCGGCUGAAGGUAGUUUGGUUGAAAGACUUAAAGGAGAUAUUACCUGCAGAAUGAUAAACGGUUGGACUCAAAAAUGUGCUGAUGUUGUGCCAGCUAUAAUUGGAAUUAACGAAUGUGGUGUAAAGCUGAGAGCUGACAGGGAUGUACGGAGUUUGGUUUAUUUCUUCGAUAUCUGUACAGGUUCCAUGGCACCCAUCCACGAUCCAUGUGGAACUUCUAAAGCUAAUCAGAUCGAAGGAGUAAAAAACCCUUAUGGAACUAUUUUCGUGCGUUGA